GUUAACAUCAACAACUACUCCGUACUACCGAUAUUCUACAUUGCAGUGAACAUCACUACAGUGGAGCCGGAGCCAUCUAGGGUUAUAUUCCCUCCCUAGCUUUCGGUUUCUCUCUCCUCCAUUGACGACGACGACCGAAAGCAACGACCACAACCGAGAUUCAUGAACUCUGAAAUCUUCUGAUUGCAAGUCCGUGUCAUAAAAAGAAUCGUCAAUAUUUUGUCCACAAUGGAGCCUGAACAUUCCAACGACUCUCAAGCUGAACAGCUCAAACUCCGAGCCAAUGAAGCCUUCAAAGCGCAUAAAUUUGGGCAAGCUAUUGAUUUGUACACACAAGCAAUUGAGUUGAACAGUAAGAAUGCGGUUUACUGGGCUAACCGUGCCUUCGCGCACACUAAACUGGAGGAGUACGGUAGUGCUAUACAGGAUGCUACCAAAGCUAUUGAGGUUGACCCUAAAUAUUCAAAGGGGUACUAUAGACGAGGUGCUGCAUAUUUGGCGAUGGGGAAGUUUAAAGAUGCACUCAAAGAUUUUCAGCAGGUCAAGAGAUUAUGUCCAAAUGAUCCUGAUGCUACGAAGAAAUUGAAGGAAUGUGAGAAGGCUGUGAUGAAGCUUAAGUUUGAAGAAGCUAUUUCUGUACCUCAAUCUGUGAAACAAUCAGUAGCCGAUUCUAUUGACUAUCAUUCUGUAGGGUCAGGCCCUGGCUACUCAUAUGUUUCCACCAAAGUAACUGCUGUAGCAGCGGCAGUAGCACUAAUGGCAGUACUGGUGGUAUAUAUGGGAUCUACACCAGCCACAGGGGUGGUGGCAGCAGCUUUGGCAACAGUAUUGGUGGUAUUGGGAACAUUUUGGUGGGGUCGCCUCAAUCUCAGUUUCUUUACCAAGAGUCAAACAGUUGAAUUAGAAGUGGAGCCACAGUAUACCGGUGCAAGGAUAGAGGGAGAUGUUGUAACUUUAGAUUUUGUGAAGAAAAUGAUGGAUGACUUCAAAAACCAAAAGAAUUUACACAAAAGAUAUGCGUACCAAAUUGUUUUACAAACACGCGAAAUGCUGCGAUCAUUGCCUUCGCUUGUUGACAUUGAGGUUCCUCAAGGGAAGCAUUUUACUGUAUGUGGAGAUGUGCACGGCCAGUUUUAUGACCUUCUAAAUAUUUUUGAGCUCAAUGGGCUUCCAUCUGAAGAUAAUCCAUACCUCUUCAAUGGUGACUUUGUUGACAGAGGGUCUUUCUCUGUUGAAGUCAUAUUGACACUGUUUGCUUUCAAGUGCAUGUGUCCAUCAGCUAUGUAUCUCUCUCGAGGAAAUCAUGAAAGCAAGAACAUGAACAAGAUAUAUGGUUUUGAGGGUGAGGUCAGGUCCAAAUUAAGCGAAACUUUUGUGGAACUUUUUGCGGAAGUAUUCUGCUGUUUACCCUUAGCUAAUGUGAUAAAUGGGAAGAUUUUUGUUGUCCACGGAGGGCUUUUUAGUGUUGAUGGUGUGAAGCUCUCUGAUAUUAGGGCAAUUGAUCGGUUUUGUGAGCCACCAGAAGAAGGGUUGAUGUGUGAACUUUUGUGGAGUGAUCCACAACCUCAACCUGGGAGAGGACCUAGUAAACGUGGUGUUGGUCUCUCAUUUGGCGGGGAUGUAACAAAAAGAUUUUUGCAGGACAAUAAUCUAGAGUUAGUUGUGCGAUCUCAUGAAGUAAAAGAUGAAGGGUAUGAGAUUGACCAUGAUGGUAAACUCAUCACUGUGUUCUCUGCUCCAAACUACUGUGAUCAGAUGGGUAACAAGGGAGCUUUUAUCCGUUUCCAAGCUCCUGAGCUUAAACCAAAUAUUGUCACAUUUUCAGCUGUGCCACACCCUGAUGUCAAGCCAAUGGCAUAUGCCAACAACUUCCUUCGGAUGUUCUCAUAGUCCCCAAGCAUAACGGAUUUUGCAAGCUGCUGGCAGAGAGCGGAGUUGUCCUGAAAGGCGGGUGAAGGUAGGGCUGGCUCGAUCUUGUUGACUAUACAAUUCUCUAGCCGAUAUUUUUUGGGACUUUCCUCACUGCUUAUAAGAAUUGUCACAGAUUUUGUUUGUGUUGAAAGAAAAUAUAGGUUUAGUUGUAAUAGCCCGCCCAAAUAACAAGAUCGUCAGGAAUGUAUUGCCACUCUGUUUAUCUGUAUCCAUUUGUGCAA